AUGCUCGUCCGUCCCUGGGAUCGGUCUCUCCUCGAGUUACCUGACCUUCAAGACGAUACAGAGAGCGAAGGGGAUGAUUGGGUGCCGCUCUCGUCUCCAUCUGACAGCUCACCUAGCCAUUCUGUUGUAGAUCAGGAGGUGAAUGACCUGGACUCGCGAGCAUUGCGGUUGGUUGUUCGUCUUGGGCAGCCUUUUGGGGCAUUUUUACUAGCGCGGCAGCGUGGUGGAGAAUACAAGAGGGUCGCGUCGGAUCGUGAUAUCAUUGCGCAGGUCAAAGAUGCGGCUUCUGUCCGAGACCUGAUGGACGUCAAGACGAUUGAAAUACUGUAG